AUGCAUCAUGCAGUGAAGGUCCAUCCAAGAACAAAUGCACCUUGCAAAUCCUCUACAGCCCAUGCAUUAUUUGAUUCCCCCAGUCCCAAGCCCUCGCAGUCCCCCUUUGAUGCAGAUGCAAACUCAGAAAGGGGAGAAACCUAUUUCCCUGCUGCCAUGGACUCAGAAAUGGACUUAGAGGGCCCCAACUUUGGAAACAGAUCUGAACUGUGCAACUUGUCCAGGCCUGCACUUCCUAGUAGAAGGGUUCCCAGGUCUUUCCAUGAUAUUGAACAUCCAGUCAAGGAUCUGAAUGGCUCUGAUAACACUGCUGAUGUCCCCAGGCCAUCACUCCCACACCGGAGCAGAAUUCAACAGGUCAUUUUAACGCUACAGGAUGCCAUUCAGACUGUCUCUAACUUAUUCGGACUCAGUAGACUAUACCCCCGUCAUCCUUCCUUUGAGCCAGAUAAGUUUAUUCCAUCCACCUUACUCGCAAGGACAUGUCCAAUGGCAGUUCAAGAAAUGGACUCCCCAGGUUUACCCGAUGUCUUGCCACUGCCCUACCCCUUUCUCAAUAUGACUAUUUAUUGGCUUGUAUCCUGGAUGAAUUCAGGUAGUCACAGGAAAUCAGAGGCUGAGGUCCAGCGUCUCAUCACAGAUGUUUUACAGGCCGAUGAUUUUGACAUCAAGGAUCUUGAAGGCUUUUCACUGAGGAAGAGCUUGUGGAAAUUGGAUAAGGAUGACAGCAGGGAGAGAAUUACUUUCCCAGAUGAUUGGGUUGAGACUGACAUUACUAUCAACAUUCCUACAAAAUCAACCGAGGAAGGUCCUAUAGCAUAUACUAUUCAUGGAUUCCACUAUUGCCCACUAGUUGAAGUAAUCCACGCAGCAUUUGCAGAUGUCCAAGCCCAUGCUUUCCAUCUUUCGCCCUUCAAAUGGCUAUGGCAAGAUCCUUUGGACAGUCAUCAGGAGUGA